AUGUACGUCGGCAACGGAGUGCACAAUGCUGGUCAGCACUUUCCGUACACACCCGUUACCGUCACGUAUUCUAACAUUACUACCGAAAGUGUUUCUUCUGAAUCCGUCUGCUGUGAUAAUGGCUUUUCACCACUCAAUCUUGCUGUGCCGAUUCGCGAACCGUCUCCUGAACCGGGAAUCGAAGAUGCUUCUAUACCAGUCGUCCAAGAUCCUUCCACAAGCGAAUUACAAGAGGAAAAUGACGAUGAAGAUGAUGGAGAGAUUGAUAUUCAGAUUCGGAAUGUUGUUUGCAACUACACUCUACCUUUACAUAUUGAUCUACGGAAGUUAGCCCUGAACAGUAAUAAUGUAACUUUCGACAGAGGUCGUGGGGUUCUGCUCAAACAAAAGCGUAAGCCAAAUUGCUACGUCAAAAUUUAUAGUUCUGGGAAAGUAUAUAUAGUUGGUUGCAAGAGUGAGGCAGAUUGCAUGUUGGCUGCACGGACGAUUGCUAGACGGGUCCAAAAAACGAUGAACAAAGAAAAGGAUAUAGUCAGAAUAAGGAAUUAUAAGGUCUGCAACGUCUUGGCUACGUGCAGGAUGCCGUUUGGGAUCAAAAUUGAGGAGCUUGCGCAGCACUACCCAGCACAAUCCCAAUAUGAACCUGAAUUGUCAGUCGGACUGGUUUGGCGCUCACAGGACCCGAAGGCAACGUUGCGAAUUCAUACAACUGGAAGCAUAACUGUUACGGGUGCGUCGUCGGAAAAUGAUGUGAUGCGAUCAAUUGAGAUGAUCUAUCCAAUUGUACGCAAAUUUCGAUGCGCCAUGAGGUAUCGUUCGGAACUCAAGCAGAAGCGCGCACCUAAGAAGCGAACGGCUUCGUCGGCAGUGUUUGGGAUUUCGACAAAGCGUGCAGUGCUGUCCAGAUCGGGUAUUGUAGGCAAUAAGAUGUACUUCAGCGAUGAAGACGACAUCUAUGAUGAAGAUGAUCUGCUCGAUGAUGAGGAUUGA